UAAAAAUAAGCUGGCGCUCGGUGAUUCUCGUCCCACCGUUAUAGAUGACGACGACGACUGCGUCUCUGUUUGAAACUUCUCCUUCUCGGUGCUAUUCGUCUUCUUCUUCUUUCAAAUUCAAAUGCGGAAAUGAGUCUCCCGCGAAAACGAAAACGCGACUGUUCUCUCCGGCAACUGGGAAUCAUGUAAUGAGAUCGGUAUCAGCAUGUCGUAUUCGUUGCGUCUCCGAUGAUUCUGGUUCGGGUCCUGUUGUGCUUACCAGUAGAAGAAAAAUGGCUAUCAUGUUGUCCACUGUGCAGCUUCUGUCUCAACUGCUUCCGCCAAAUGGAGAAGCAGCUGACAUUUAUCCAGUGAUGCAAAACGAAAUAAGGAAAGUCGUGACAAAGGGUAAGGCUGCUGGUGUGCUUCGUUUAGUGUUUCAUGAUGCGGGAACCUUUGAAAUCGACGAUAAUACAGGUGGCAUCAACGGGUCUAUUGCCUAUGAACUCGAGAGGCCUGAAAACGCAGGUUUGAAGAAAUCCCUAAAGGCACUUACUCCCUCUCUCUCUCUCUCUCUCUCUCUCUCUCUUUCUGUUAGCGUUGUAGCGAAAGCAAAGAUUAAUGUUGAUGCUAUACAACCAGUGUCCUGGGCGGAUAUGAUCUCUGUCGCUGGGUCCGAAGCAGUUUCAAUAUGUGGCGGCCCAACAAUCCCUGUAGUUUUGGGAAGACUUGAUUCAACGCAACCUGAUCCGGAAGACAAGCUACCUCCAGAAUCCCUGAGUGCCUCUGGUUUGAAAGAAUGUUUCAGAAGAAAAGGAUUUUCGACCCAAGAACUUGUUGCGUUAUCUGGUGCACAUACGCUUGGGAGUAAAGGAUUUGGAGAUCCAUUUACUUUUGACAAUGCAUACUACAAAAUCCUUCUUCAAAAACCAUGGACAUCGGCAUCCAAAAUGACUAGCAUGGUCGGGCUGCCUUCAGAUCAUGCCCUCGUGGAUGAUGACGAGUGCUUAAGGUGGGUGAAACGAUAUGCGGAAGACCAAGACAAGUUCUUCAAAGACUUCAGCAAUGCUUAUAUCAAACUAGUUAAUUCUGGGGCCAGAUGGAAAAUUUUAUCAUUUGUUAGUUCGUAAGUGUGCGCCUGAAUAAUUUGGGUAAUGAUGCGUAUUUGCUAGUAUGUCCCAAAAAGUUUCCCUGCCUGUACAUGUUCGUCUACGUGUGCGAUGAUGAUUCGUAUGAAUUAACUAAAGGAAAUAAACAGUGAUAGUCAAAAUUUACACAAGCCUUUUCAUUCUUUCUCCGGUGGACCACUAGGGAGAGAGCAACCAGGUUUCAAACUUGAAUUUAUGUGAAAAAUGAUAAUAGAGAUAGAGACCACACUUAAC